CCCGCCCUUUCGCGCAUGCGUGGUGCUCACGGGGCGCCUGGCGGACGCGAAGGGGAACACUUCCGGGGUGCGGCGGCGGGCGGCAUCUGCGGCGGCCGCGGGGUCAUGGUGGUGCCUGCUCUGGACGCCCCCGCGGCCCCGUUGGGCGCCAUGGUGGCCGACGUCGUGUUCGUCAUCGAGGGUACCGCGAAUCUGGGGCCUUACUUCGAGUCUCUGCGCAAGCAUUACCUGCUGCCCGCCAUCGAGUACUUCAACGGCGGCCCGCCGGCCGAGACCGACUUCGGGGGCGACUUUGGGGGUACCCAGUACAGCCUGGUGGUCUUCAACACGGUGGACUGCGCCCCCGAAUCCUACGUGCAGUGUCACGCCCCCACCAGCAGCGCCUACGAGUUCCUCACCUGGCUGGACAGCAUCCAAUUCGUGGGGGGGGGCGGCGAGAGCUGCAGCCUGAUCGCCGAGGGGCUCAGCACCGCUCUGCAGCUCUUCGACGACUUCAAGAAAAUGCGGGAGCAAAUCGGGCAGACCCACAAAGUUUGCGUCCUGAUUUGUAACUCCCCCCCGUACCUGCUCCCCGCCGUGGAGAGCACCACGUAUUCGGGGUACAGCACCGAGAACCUCGUGCAGCGCAUCGGAGAGCGGGGGAUCCACUUCUCGGUGGUGGCCCCCCGCAAGCUGCCGGCGCUGCGGGUGCUGUUCGAGAAGGCCGUGCCCCCCGGCACCCUGGAGCCCCCCCCGAAAGAGUGCGGGCAGGACCCCCGGCACAUGGUGCUCAUCCGGGGGGUGGCACUGCCCGGCAGCGCCGCCGGCUCCGGCUCCAUCCAGCCCAAACCGAGCGUGGCCCCCCCCCAACUGCCCCCCGCGCCCCCCCAGCUCCCCCCGGCUCCCCAGCAGCCCCCCCCGCCCGGCCCCCAGCCCUACCAGGUGCCCCCCCCCAGCUCCCUGAACGCGGCCCAGGCUGCCGCCCAGUCGGCCGUGGAGGCGGCCAAGAGCCAGAAGAGCCUGGCCGGGCGCUUCCCCUCGCUGCCCCCCCUGCAGCCCCCCUUCAGCCAGGCCCCCGCCCAGCCGCUGCCCGCCGGCCCCAUCUCCUCCCUGGCCCCCAAACUGCCCCCCCCGAACCAGGCCGGGCCCCCCCAAACCGCCGGCCUCCUGCCCCCCAACCCCGGGCAGCCCCCCGCCCAGCCCGGCGCCCCCCCCAUGCCCAGCGGGGGCCCCCCCAGCAGUGUGACCCCCCAGCCCGCAGCCCCCCCUUUGGGGGCCACCCCCCUCCCGGGACCCCAACAGUCGGUGAACAACAAGGUGCUGGCGUGGAGCGGGGUGCUGGAGUGGCAGGAGAAACCCAAACCGGCCUCGGUGGACUCCAGCACGAAGCUGACGCGGUCGCUGCCCUGUCAGGUCUACGUCAACGCCGGGGAGAACCUGAAAACGGACCAGUGGCCGCAGAAGCUGAUCAUGCAGCUGAUCCCGCAGCAGCUCCUGACCACGCUGGGUCCCCUGUUCCGGAACUCCCGCAUGGUUCAGUUCCACUUCACCAACAAGGACCUGGAGUCGCUCAAGGGCCUCUACCGCAUCAUGGGCAACGGCUUCGCGGGCUGCGUGCACUUCCCGCACACGGCGCCGUGCGAGGUGCGGGUGCUGAUGCUGCUCUACUCCUCCAAGAAGAAAAUCUUCAUGGGGCUCAUCCCCUACGACCAGAGCGGCUUCGUCAACGGCAUCCGCCAGGUCAUCACCAACCACAAGCAGGUCCAGCAGCAGAAGAUCGAGCAGCAGCGCAGCCUGGGGGGCUCAGCCCCCGUACCCGGCCCCCCCUCUUUCCUCCCCAAGCAACCGGGGACCCUCCCCGUGACUUCGGGGGUGCAGCCUCAGAUGACGGGGCAGCAGGUCAGCCCGGGGCUCGGCAUCAUGGAGGAGCAGCAGCGGCAGCAGAGCCUGUUACAGCUCCGAGCCCAGCAGCAGGCAGCUGCCAGCCAGCAGCAAGCGCAGCCCCCCCCAGCCCCCCCCGCUGCCUCCGCACCCCCUCAACCCCCCCCAGCUCCGGGACCCCCCCAAACCGGACCCCCCCAAACCAACCAAACCGGGGGGGGGACCCUCCUGCGCCCCCAAAACCCCGGCGCCAACCCCCAACUCCGCAGCCUCCUGCUGAGUCAGCAACCGCCCCAAGGGGGGGUCCCCCCCCCGGCGCAGCCCCUCCACCACCUGCAGCCGCCCGCGCAGCCCCUCCUCCCCCACCAGGCUCUAGGUCAAGGGCAGCUGCCCCCCCCCCCUCCUGCACCCCCCCCCCGCCCCCCCCACCCCCGGCAGGCCUGGCCUGGGCAGUUGGGGCCCCCCCGCGCCCCGCUUCCAGGUCAGAUGCUGCUGCCCCCCGGCCCCCGGGGUCCCGUCCCCCAGCCGGGGCUGCAGCCGGUGCAGGCGCCCAGCGUGAUGGAGGAGGACAUCCUGAUGGACCUCAUCUAGGGGCACCCCCAAAACGGGGGGAUCCCACCCCGGGGCACCCCGAAACAGGGGGAGGAUCCCAGCCUGGGGGGGGGGGUGUGGCCCCCCCGCAUCCCCCCUUCUUUUUUGUGCCGUUUGCCCGUUUCUUUGCUCUUUAAACAGGAGAUUUUUUU